AUGUCUGGACGUGGUAAGAAACCAAAGCCUUCAGCUUUCCAGAAAACCAAGAGCGCAAAAGCUGGUCUGCAGUUCCCUGUGGGCCGUAUUGCCCGAUACCUGAGACGAGGGAACUAUGCUGAACGAAUAGGUGCUGGUGCCUCUGUGUACCUGGCAGCAGUUUUAGAGUACCUGACUGCAGAGAUACUGGAGCUGGCAGGCACCGCUGCUCAUGACAACAAGAAGCAACGGAUUGGACCACGACACAUCCAACUGGCGGUGAGGAGAGAUGAGGAGUUGAACAAGUUGUUUGCCAAUGUGACGAUUGCAGAAGGAGGCGUGAUGCCCAAUAUCCAAGCCCAGCUUCUCCCGAAGAAAACAGCUGUUUCCCAGGGAGUAUCAAGCCAAUCUAGCCUCUAA